UAGGGUGCACAAGCCUUCAAGGUAGGGGUGCAAAGACCCCAAGUGUUGAAAAAUGAUCAACAUGGAGACAGAUAAAAUUCUCGAAGAUACGAAUACAAAUAAUCCGUCUCGUAAAACUGGGUAAUUUAUACUGUCCACAGUACAUAAAAGAAUUUGCUUGAACAAGUGAGGCCAAGAACCACAAAAUUUAUAUUAUAGUAUUCAAUGACGAUAUUGUAUGAUCCCAGUCGUAAAAAAGAGCCAUUAUCUCAAACAAUGAAUCUUACAACCCAAUAUACUCAAGAACGGGAAAUGUGCAUGAAAUAUUUUGAAAGAUGGAGUGAACCAGAGCAAGUUCAUUUUGUAGAACAAUUAUUAGCACGUAUGUGUCAUUAUCAACAUGGUCAUAUCAAUACUUUCCUCAAGCCUAUGUUACAAAGGGAUUUUAUUUCGUUAUUACCUAAAAAAGGAUUAGAUCAUGUAGCAGAAAGUAUAUUAUCUUACUUAGAUGCUGAUUCACUUUAUGCAGCGGAACUUGUAUGUAAAGAGUGGUAUAGGGUAAUUAGUGAAGGAAUGCUUUGGAAAAAGCUAAUUGAGCGUAAAGUACGAACAGAUUCAGUUUGGCGAGGAUUAGCUGAAAGACGUGGAUGGAUUCAACAUUUAUUUAAACCACGACCAGGUGAAAAUUAUCGUGAUCAUGCAUUUUAUAGGAAUCUAUUUCCAAAUAUUGUAAAAGAUAUUGAAAGUAUUGAUAACAAUUGGCGAAUGGGGAAACACAAAUUACAAAAGAUUAAUUGCCGAAGUGAAAAUUCCAAAGGUGUUUAUUGCCUACAGUACGAUGACCAAAAAAUAGUUUCUGGUUUGAGAGACAAUACUAUUAAAAUUUGGGAUCGAAAUACAUUACAGUGUAUAAAAGUUUUAACUGGUCAUACGGGUUCUGUACUUUGUUUACAAUAUGAUGAUAAAGCUAUUAUAUCUGGCUCUUCCGAUAGUACAGUCCGAGUUUGGGAUGCUAAUACCGGAGAAAUGGUUAAUACUUUGAUACAUCACUGUGAAGCUGUAUUGCAUCUAAGAUUCAAUAAUGGAAUGAUGGUAACUUGUUCCAAGGACCGUUCAAUAGCUGUCUGGGAUAUGACAUCGCAAACAGAAAUUGCUUUACGUAGGGUAUUAGUCGGCCAUCGGGCAGCUGUUAACGUAGUGGAUUUUGACGAAAAAUACAUAGUGUCAGCUAGUGGUGAUAGGACAAUUAAAGUAUGGAACACUUCAAGUUGUGAAUUUGUACGAACGUUAAACGGCCACAAACGGGGAAUUGCGUGUUUGCAAUAUAGAGAUCGCUUAGUGGUUAGUGGUAGUAGCGACAAUACUAUCAGACUAUGGGAUGUUGAGUGUGGUGCGUGUUUGCGUGUUCUUGAAGGGCAUGAAGAAUUAGUAAGAUGUAUAAGAUUUGAUAGAAAACACAUUGUUAGCGGAGCCUAUGAUGGUAAAAUUAAAGUAUGGGAUUUAGUUGCUGCUCUAGAUCCUCGAGCACUUGCCAGUACACUUUGUUUACGUACAUUAGUGGAACAUACAGGACGGGUUUUCCGUUUACAAUUUGAUGAAUUUCAAAUAGUUUCUUCGUCCCACGAUGAUACCAUACUUAUUUGGGAUUUUCUUAAUUGCAAUGGAUCUGAAAAUAAUGCUGUUAGUAGUUCUACUGUACCGAAUCCACCAUCGAAUACUAAUCAAGCUGAUACCAGAUCUCCAUCCCCAUUUGAGUGACGUAUGAAAACUGAUCUAAUCAUUUAUUGUGAUACGAAUAUUUGUGGUAAAUAAGUGAAUACUUAAUGUAUUCACUUGGGAUCUGUGAAUAAAUAACAUUAGUGCCCAACAAAAAUGGAAUAAAAAAAUAUUAAGAUAAUGAAUUUAAAUGGAUAUUUAUUGAUCAACAAUGAAUUGAAUCAUGUAAAAUGCACAUGGAAUGUAAAGAUGAACUGAAUGUGAGAAAAAAUUUUUUUGUCUAUCGCGAAAUUAGAGAAAUUUGUCAUUUCUUAAUUAAAAAACCAACUUUUUCUAUUAUUAUACGUUUAAAUGACAAAAGAAAUUUCCCAAUCAGCAGAAGAAUAAUGGGCAAUUUUUUCAAAAAAUUGGAUA